AUGCAUCGUUCUAUAGCACGAUUGGUACGAUUGGACAUCUAUGUACCGAGGCGACAGUUUUAUCGAAAUAAAUCGUACUAUCUAAGCGAGAAAUGGUUGAAAGAACCGUUUGAUAUUGGGUAUCCAGAAAGUUCAUCGCACAUUAAAGAAGAUUCCAAAUUAUUACGACAGAAGCUCUUUCCAACCAAAACUCUUACAGAGUAUGAUUACUUCAAGCAAGACUCGAAUCGUGAGUUUAGAAUAGAAGAAUGGAAUCAAUUAGAUACUGAUCAAAUGUUUAAGUAUCAAGAAAUGGUGGACGAUGCUAAACCUCAAUAUGUGCAUCCGAAGCCUCAAUAUGUUACAGGAUUCGAAUUAUUCAAAAUUGAACUGCAGUUUAACAGAAAUGAAAAGAAAUAUUGGGCAAUGCUAGACGGUAAUGACAGGGAAGCAUAUAACGACAGCGAAAUCGUUAGACAUUUAUAUAAUGAAAGAAUAAGAAUAUGGAUGGGCUACGAAAUCGUUGAAUAUCUUAAGAGAAACCUGCCUAAAUACAUGUUCAACCCGUAUCCUUUACUGGGUCUUUACCCUUGGGAGAUAAUAAAGGAUAAGCUAUAUUUUAAAAGAGAUGUCUAUGAUUUUGAAAAGGACUACUACGAUACGUUGAUAAAGGAAACGUUCGGUAGAAAUUCGCAAAGAAAAGCAUUGCAGAUAUAUUACACCGAUAUACUGCACGAUACAGAAACCGACAAUUUGUAUUAUGCAAAGGUUGAAAAGAUGUUCAACAGCUUGCCACCCUACAAGAAGCAAUAUUACGUAGAAAAAGAGCGAAAGAGACAAGAACACGCAAAGAAGACCAGGUUGCGGUCCUAUAAGCAAAAAACUCCGUAUCUGAAGUUCCUCAUUCAAUUCAGUAAAACAUACAAUCCAACAUACGAGGAGCUAAACGCUUUUGAUGCAAAUGUAUCUGACAACAAUAUUCGGAAACUAGCUAUAAGCAAAGCAGCAGGCAGAGAAUGGAAAAAUCUUACGGAAGAACAGAAAAAACAAUAUGAGAGCGAUGGAACACUAUCAUCAAAUACAAGAUUAUACAAGGAGAUGAUUCUCGAUUGGAAAGUAGAAAUGGUCAUGGAUUAUAUUUAUGAGGUGGGAGGUGUAAGCGGGUUACAAUCAUCACACAACUGGAGAAAAGAUAUGCAUGAAAAGACAAGCGGUUAUAGAUACUUGAAAAAGAUGUAUGUGGAUAAGCUAGUCUAUCUACAGAAUGGUAAUGUAGUGGUUUCUAAGGAUUAG